UGUGACCCACAGGAAACCUUCGUAGCUACUCGGAAGACUUAUUGUAUAAGGUCUGUACCGCGGGGCUUCGUGUACGUCUUCAACAAUAAGUUCACUGGGCAAGAAGACGAGCGCCUCGGUGCUGAAAUAGACUCUGCGAAUCUAAAGGAAAUUUUCACUGAAUUGGGUUACGCAGUCUUCCUCAGAGAAAACUUCAGAGCUCAGCAGAUUAAGGACGAGUUGGACAGCCUCAGGGGAGAUCGAAGACUGAAUGACGUCGAUGCACUCAUCAUCUUCUUCCUCAGCCACGGAGACUCUCCUUACAGCUUCCGCGGGAACGACAACGAGAACUUGGACCUGCGGAGCCUCCGGCGGAAAUUCGCAGACUCGAAGUGCCCUCAGAUGAAGGGCAAACCCAAGGUCUUCUUCGCUAACUACUGUCGAGGUAAUCGAUUCCAGAAGAGGAUUGAGUUCGAUAGCGCCCAUGAAUACGAUGAUUGUGUCGUCGAGGCUCCGCGAGACAUGGUGACUAUCCAUGCUGCCAUAGAAGGUGUCAAAGUGCCGAGGAGCGAAGUACUAGGAACGUUUUUUAUCAAGUGCCUAUGCGACAGCCUGCGAGACCACGGUAGAUCCAAGAGCCUUAGGGAUGUUUAUUACGAAUUGGACGGAAGGACACAGGAGAUAGGAGGCACGCAACCCAUGUUAGAAGAAUAUAUUUUUUACGAGUUUUUCUUUUAAGUUAAUGUACUAUGUGUGAGGGUGUUAAUUUUUAUAUGCUCGUAAAAAGGAAUUGUAAAAUCGGACAAAUGCAAUGUUUAUAAACAUGGCAUGGGAAAACAUUAGAUUAGCAGAAAAAAAGGAAAAUGUCGGAAAAGCCUAGUCAUUAGACAUUCUGUGAUAUGUAGCAAAUGACAAUAGUCAUAAUAAUGGCAGUGACAAAAACGAUGAUAAUGAUAAUGAUAAUAAUAAUAAUAAUGAUAAUUC